AUGGAGCUUUAUUUAACCAAUAACGAACCUUCUAGGGAUCUAUGGCUGUGGCAGCCGACAGUACGUGAUCCAGAUGAUGUAAAUGAUUUUCCUGAAACAUUAACUUUACUGUUUGGUGUAUAUUACUUGGAUAAGUUUGCUACGAGUGUAGGAAAUGAAGUUGAGAAGUUAUUAGAUAAAUUAAAUGACAUAUUUCUACCUUGGAAUGACUAUUAUCCAUGGGAAGGUUAUAAUGGUGUUCAGCUUAAAAGAUUUAUUGACAAAAGUGGGUUACCAUUUAUAUUUGGUGAACUAGUUGUUGGUGAUAACUUUGAAGAAGAAGAAUCACUAGUACUUGGCAUUUUGAAAAGGUUCUCUAUGUCUGCGGGUUCCAAUGUGUUUAUAAAAAUGUGUGAUACGCAAGGUGACUUUAUAUUAAUGUCUUGUAGUGAGAUAAUUCCUGCAGAGUACGAAUAUCCAGUGGGGAACAAUAGACUUUGGCUUAACGAAGGGCAGUUUAGCUUUAUUCCUGUAAGUAUUGAACCAGGCAGAGGUUUAUCACAGGAAAAAUCCCUAGAAUUUCUACGAAGUUCUUAUUAUAAAUGCAUAAAGAUGCCGGAAAUCACAAACUAUUUCGAAGAGAACCUAAUAAACGAUUUCCCAACUAGUCAUCUGAAAGGGUUGAGGUGGCUUUCCUUUAGAGUUUCUCUUGAUCAUCUAAAAAUACUACACAGGAAUAAAAAGCUAAGCAGUAUUUUACUGAAGAACUUUGUUAAUGAGGAUAUAGAUGCUAAAACUAUUGCGAACCGAAUUACAGAUGAUGCAAAACAGUUAAAACUGCUUGCUACAGAGAACCAUUGCAGGUUGCUUUCACACUACUUGGCAAGUAAUCCUGAGUUGGAAGAAUAUGACAAGGAAACUUUGAUCGGCGCGAUACUAUCUAGCUCUUUGGAAGCGCUUACAAAUAACAAAACACUUUUAUCUCGUGACUGCGACAGAUGCUUAGAUUCCACCUUAGUGGAUUCUUUGACAGCAAUGAAUCAGCUAACCAAGAAUAUCAAUAUCCCAGAUGCUGUUAUUUCAACGGAAUCGUGCUACUUAGAACAAGAAGCCGCUGCUAAGAAGUUUGAAUCAGAUUUACAGAGCCUUUUAUCGAGCAUCAAGAAAGAAGCGGACGAAACCUCACAGGCUCCUUCCAUGAGGAAUGAACCAGAUGAUGAUGCUGAUGAUGAUGAUAAAGCUGCUAGAGAAUAUUUUAAUUCUCAAGGCCUUGAUAUUAGCGAAGAUGACUUUUUUGAAUACUUUUUAACCGAAGCACUAAAUAUGAAAGAGGAAGAUCUUGACGACUAUAAAAACAGAAACCAAAAUGAACUCAUGGAAGAUCUGCAAGAUACAAAAGAAGAAGUAGAGAUGUUGGAAGAAUUCGAGGCCAUUUUGGGCUCUAAUAAUAGAGCUGAUUGUAACCUAGAAUCUCUGGAACAUUUACUAAGGUCGAUGCGAGUUGAUGGCUCUGCAUACGCUGUGGAAUCAAUGCUUAAGAAUUUGAACGCUACCCGAAAUAUGUAA